AUCUAUUUUUCUAUUUAGGUUGUGGAGCUCCUAAACAGAUGCACGUGUCCUUCACAGUUCCCUAUGAUUAGAGUUUCAGAAGGAAAAUAUCGCAUUGGAGAUACGAAAAUCCUCAUAUUUGUCAGAAUUCUACGCAAUCACGUGAUGGUGAGGGUGGGAGGAGGCUGGGACACGCUGGAACAUUACUUAGACAAACAUGAUCCUUGUCAGUGUCGAGUGGGCCCUAGACCGCCUUCUUCGGCCAAAGUUACCAUGACCCCGGGGAAAGGAGGUUCGUCUAACAUGAAAGUCACGUACAACAGACCUUCAACUUCCACUUCUUCAACAUAUCGAAGUGGAGUGGACAACAGCCUUCCGACUUCACCACAAUCUCGCCGGCGAGUGGUCACCAUUACUUCUGGUCAGAAGGGCGUAGGGCCAUCUUCUGACACGCGUGACAUUCCUCCACGUGAACCGUCAAGAAGCUCUCACUACAGUGAUGACUCGUCCGCUUCUAGUACCAGUCUCUACUAUUACAGCGAAAGUCCGACCCAAGAGGAGGGCAGGUCAGCAGGAUCCUCCAGACCUCAGUUCCAAGUGUCUAACAAAUCUUCACGACCACCAUCCUUUUCCGCAGACAGCUCUUCCGAAUUCUCUGAAGGAGAAAGUCGAGCAGGUCCUCGAAUCUCUAGUCAGCCCAGAAAGUUCAGUUCUCGGAAGUUGUACUGCAUGUUCGAAAAUGGGGAAGAAGCUGGUCAUUCUUCCCGUGUGUAUUUGUCAGAUGGUUGUGACUCUGGCUUUGGCCCCGAAUCGUCAGAAACAAGUUCGGUUGUUUCGGGAGAUGAUCUUAGAAGAACUACAGACUUCCUAAAGUCUAAUGUAGAGGAAGGAGUGGAAAAUUCUAACAACUCCGCUGCAGAUUCGACAUUUUCAAAUACCAGUACGCCGACUUCUAAAUCUGCAAAAAAAUCUAAACCAGUGUUAGUAGGGACGCCUGGUAAGAAAACAGCAUCGAUCAUUAACCACAAAUCUCAGAGUACCGAAAACUUAUAUUCGGGAAGGUAUACCGAAAAGCUGCAGUUGUACCGCCAGAACAGCUCCAAUUCGUCAGUAUAUAGUCGUAAGAGCCGGAAUUCCACAGGAAACUCGGCGAGCUGUACUCCUGGUAUUCCUAGAAGUUAUUCUCAGACCAGUGACAUGGGUGGAUUCGGGUCCUCGCUACCAAGAAACUUUCCAAGACGGUUUUCAUAUAAACCACCAACCGAUGUUUGCCCAAAAGUUGACACAGGUUGUAAAACUUGGACAUUCAGACAGCGUCCAUCUAGAACUUCCAUCAGUCCUGAUCUGUAUCGCUUCUCUUCUGGGGAAAAUAGUAACCGUUCUCCUAGCAAAUCCACUACAAAUCUCAAAUCUAAAAGUGCCGAAUCAAGCAUCUCUUCAAGCCCUCAAAAAUUGUCUCCUGCCAAGUCUGUCUCCACAGCUAACAAAAUGCAAAAACUGUUGAAAGACAUUGAUUUAGUUACCGACAGCGAAUUUUUUAGUGAAAUGCAGAGGUUUAUAAACAGCUAUCGAGAAAAGGUUGACAAAAAAAUACAAGAAGAAGAAGAAUUGGAGAACAGCGAUAGUGCUUCUUCACCAUCAACCAUGAGAUGCUCUCCAGAUUUGGAUCGUCCUCCAAGUCAAGGACUCGACCAAAGUCAACAGUCUCCAAAAUUUAGACCCAGAAGGGAGAGUCAGGGAGGGUCCACGAAAAUUCCAGUACCUGUUUGGUACAACAAGUAAUAUUCAGAAGUCUUCGUGCACAGUUAAUAAUUUUUCUAUUACGUUAGUACUGUAUACUUACGUUUCUGUUUCACUGUACCCAAAUACGUCAGUUUUCACCAGUAAGAUCAGUUAUAUGCUGUAGUUAAAGUGCAAGUCUGGUGCCGGGGGUGAGGGCAGAGCCUAAUCCACAGUGUCAUUCCUCUUACAGAGUUCUGAGUUUUAAAAAAAUCAUCACUCUAGUUUUAUUUUAUUUUAUACUUUAUAUUAGAGAAAUGAAAGUCUCCAUCAGUUUUUGAUGAAAACCAUGACCUUGGACGACCUUGUGUGAGAAGGUAAAAGGUGCGCUCCAAGAUUCGCUUAAUUGUGGACAGUCAGUUAGCUGUAAUUUCAAUCUUGCCUCCACAAACAUUCCAAUUAUUCUAUAACAUUGUUUCAGCUUCUCUUGUUCCCUUGUUCCAUAUAGCUAAGGAAGGGGGGCUCCCCUUGGUGAUGUCUUAGCUGGGGGGCUGGACCCCACAUGGAACCACUCUCACUUAUAUUUUCUUAACCAAACUGUCCAAAAAUAUCUGUGGCAGUUCAAACGGAGACUGAUUUCAUUGAAAAGAAGUGCUGAUAAUGUGCUAUGAAAUAUUGUCGAGGGUCUAUUGCACGUGCAAUCACGUUCAUUUCACGAAGGUUGUGAAUGGAAAUAAUUUGGAAAAUAAUUAUUAUUCUCGAAUUCCUUCAUCGUCUAAGUUAGCGUUUUUUUUGUAAUAAAUAGAAAAUGCUGUAACUAGUCAUUUAAUUAUGAGUAAUUAAUCAGUUAUUUUAGUACAUGUAACGUUUAGAAAAUGCCUAUGAAUUACUUCAUUAUUUGUAGUUAGCCCAUUCUGCUUUUCUCUUAAAUUUUGUGAUCGUAAUUUGAAGAACGUUUUCCAGAAACGGACAUGGCCAAAUGGUUAGUGUUGCUAGACUGUGGAGCCGAGGAUCCGUGUUUUUGCAAAUGCACGCUCUUUAACAAAAACAAUUAUAUUUAGGUAGCUAAAAGUGAAACAUGGUGGAUGAUUCAAGGUUGGAAACUUGGAUUGUUUUUUCUUAAAAACUGGCGCAAUAGUGAAAAAAGGUUAUUGUAGUGGACGUACGAUUAGAGAUGUGAAAAAUCAUAUAACUGUAAGCUUAUGCAUCGGUUUAAGAGAGAGAAGUAUCAAGUUUAAGUGUUAUUACUUAACUCUAUUCAUGUAACAUUUUCUUAUGCUUAUGUUUGAUCAAAGUUAUCAUGGAAACGCAUUUGAGAAAAUCCAAGGUUUUCUUGGUAACAUUACAGUUUCUUAUAUCGUACCAGAAGUAUAUCUCGUUUCUUGGAAGAUACCCUCAUAGUAAGUGCAAAGUUGAGCCGAGAAACCCUAAAACUAACCUGUGAUCUCUCUCUCUCUCUCUAGAAGCCUGGUGAUUAGGGCUCUCGACUUACAAUUUUGUGGGUCGCGAGUUCGAAUCCAGUCACCGAACAUGCUCGCCCUUUCCGCCAUGGGGGUGUUAU